AUGUCCCGCCGAACGCGACCCCGGGCAUCCUCCCCCCAGGCUCCCCCCUCCACCGGCACCGACAACGACGCUGGCGAAGUCUCCUCCCAAGACGAGAUUCCUUUCUUCAACACCACUUUCUCCCUCCAUCGCAUAUCACCGCUCUACAUAGGUGCCGAAUCAUUGACGCCCGGCCGCCUACGGACCCUUUCGGGUCGCCUACGCGAUACACUUGUCGGCGAUGUCGUCCGAGGCGUCGAGGUUGGCCUGGACGGCGGGGAUUCGACAAUGGGCAGCGCGGGCGCUCUCGAGACAGUUCUCAUAGAGUGGGUGUCCGUCGAUGGGCUCACGGGCAGUGGUAGUGGCAGUGGCAGAAAGGGUCUCUCCCUGGCUUUGCAGUACGAGAAUGCGACGAGCACGGCGCUGCUGCUCCCUUCCGCAGAGAGCCACGAUCAAGACGGCGACGACAAGUCCGUCCAAUUAUCACUGUUGCUACUGCGAAUGCCAGCACCUCUCAAGGCAAUCGUCAUCAACUUUCUCUGCAGCACAUUCGACUGUCGCGUCUCUUCGUUGCGCCUAUCCUCGCGAGAUCUCAUACAGAGUUGGGAGGGCUGGAUACAAGAUGUGGGUGUCUCGUCAUCUGGACCGUUGGCAAAGGACGCAGUCAUCACACUGGGCUUCCGGAAUCUGGCGGCGGAGAACCGAGCCAGGGCAACAGACGAGGAGACAGCCAGUGCCGAGGACAAGGAAGAGCUUGGGAUCAAGACAAUCGACAUCAUCAUACCAGGCAAGGGACUACGGCGGUUUGUCGCGGCAGGAGAGGCUCUGCCCGCUGACAAGGAUGAUGAGCCUUUCACAGCGGCACUGGCGGCGUACGUGAAGCACCAUAUAGCCCUUGACAUUUGGCACCCUGCGGUGCAUAUUGCGCGGGUAGCGUGUGGCGGGUUUGUGCUGUCAGAGGGCAGAAUCAAGAUCUUUUUGCCGGACGAGAGGGAUCAGAGCGACUCAGCGAGAAGAGAGGGUGUGCGCCGCUUGGUGGACAAGUUGGUCGCGCGGGCCACAGAAAGUGCCUCAAGGACAGUGGAUCUGGGAUGA